AUGCGUAUACGUCACUGGCUGCUCUUGCCCAUCCUAGGGCUCGAGGCACACACAUUUGCUCGCAAUAUCGUCAAAUUACAACCUGGUCACCACACCUCCCAGUCGGUGCAUUUGCCCGACGGCAAUGUCACUCCGCACCUGUUGAUAAGAAGCGGUGACGGCGUGCGGUGUGGUCCCGGUGUGGGAACUUGCUCGGAUGGCAAAUGCUGUUCGACUGCUGGCUAUUGUGGCACUACCCAGGCUCACUGUCGCUCUCCAGACUGCCAGCUUGACUUCGGUCAUUGCGACGCUCAUGAAAGCCCAGAGGGCCCUCCCGUCGAAGAUAUACCUCGACCACAUGUCGGUGCCGUACCAUAUGGCCCCCACGUCAUCCGCUCGUGUGCCAAAGCAGGCACUAUUGCCCUGACUUUUGAUGACGGUCCGAACAAAUACACUGCUGAGCUUCUCGACUUGUUGGACAGGUAUGACGCGAAGGCGACAUUCUUUAUCUCUGGAAUCAAUAAUGCCAAGGGCCCGAUAGAUCAUCCCGAUCUCCCAUGGGCCUCUUUGAUUCAACGCAUGCAACACACUGGACACCAGAUUGCGAGUCACACCUGGUCGCACCAAGAUCUCAGCAAAGUUACGCCAGACCAACGACGACAGCAAAUGCUGAAGAAUGAAGCUGCGUUCCGCAACGUUUUGGGCAGAAUUCCGACCUAUAUGCGUCCUCCAUACUCGAGCUGCCUCGCCGAAACGGGCUGCUUGGACGACAUGGGCACGAUGGGAUACCAUAUAAUUCUUUAUGACGUCGACACGAAGGACUAUAGUCAUGAUAGUCCUAUCGCCAUUCAAGUCUCCAAGGAUACGUUUGAUGCCGCCUUGGUGCCAUGGAAAGCAUCAGAGAAAUCCUGGCUCGUUAUUGCUCACGACGUGCACGAGCAAACAGUCCGCAACCUCACAGAGCACAUGCUAAGGAGAAUGGCAGAAUAUGGCUACAAAGCGGUGACAGUUGGUGAAUGUUUGCAGGAUCCCCAAGAAUUCUGGUAUCGCGAAGCCGGCGAGCCUCUUAUCAAUACUGCUGUCAGAAAGUCUUCAUCACCAGAGACCCAUGACGUUCGUCCGAAUGCCUCCAAGCCCAUCUCCCCUGAUGGCAAAUGUGGAAGGGAAUAUACCUGCGCUGGAUCAAGCUUUGGCCCUUGCUGUAGUAGUUCCGACUACUGUGGUACCUCUAAUCUUCACUGCGGAUUUGGUUGCCAGCCAGAAGCUGGAAAUUGCUUCUCCUUGGACGAGCCAUCGCACAAUGACACUAAUGGCCCUAUAAGAAAACCAACGGCCGGGCCGGGUUCGGGUCCUAACGAUCCUUCCAAUGGUGACGGUCUUCCUGGAGAUGGAUCAGUGAGGAAGCCUGUGAAAUCGGAGGCAAAUCCAGCGGUCCAUGCCUUGUCGGCUGCAGCCUGCCUGAUGUUGGUUAUCUGCGCAACAGCAAUCGCCUAG